CUACCGAUAUCACAUCUUAUUAGAUUAUACAAUACACGAUUGACAAUUCAAAAACGUUUGUAGCUAAGCUUCCUGAUAAAUACGGAGAUACGUAUAAUGUUGGUAAAUCAGCAUAAAUAUAUAAACAGAUGAUAUCUAUAUUUUUUCCACAAUAUAGGUUUACGAUGUCACGUUAUAUUAUAUUACUUUUAAGUUUUUAUGCAGCUGUAUGCCACGGUCACAAGUUAAGGCAAAAUGGCAGACAGUUUCCGGAGGGAUUUCUUUUCGGAGCAGCGACCGCGUCCUAUCAAGUAGAAGGCGCGUGGAAUGAGGACGGCAAAAGUGAAAAUAUCUGGGACCACAUGACCCACAAUGACCCGUGUAUCAUCAAAGACUGUUCAAAUGGUGACAUCGCCGCCGACUCCUACCACAAGUACCAACGCGACGUAGAAAUGAUGAGAGAACUGGGCCUUGAUUUUUACAGAUUCUCUAUAUCGUGGUCGCGCAUUAUGCCCACCAGCUUUCCAGACCAGAUUAACCAAGCGGGCGUAGAUUAUUACAAUAAUUUAAUCAAUGAAAUGCUUAAAUACAAUAUUGAGCCAAUGGUAACUCUCUACCACUGGGACUUGCCGCAGAAAUUACAGGAGUUGGGCGGAUGGGCGAACCCUCACAUCGUCGACUGGUACGGAGACUACGCUCGGACUAUGUUCCAGCUUUUCGGCGACAGAGUUAAAUACUGGAUCACAAUAAACGAACCUUAUCAAGUCUGCUACCAAGGAUACGGCGACGUAUUAAAGGCACCGCGAUUGAACUUAAAAGGCAUCGGAGAAUACAUGUGCGGCAAAAACAUACUGUUAGCCCACGCAAGGGCUUACCAUAUUUACGACGAGGAGUUUAGACCCUCACAAGGUGGAAUAAUAUUUAUCUCAUACAGCGCCCAAUGGUACGAACCGGACACUGAAAACGAUAUCGCUGCUGCCGAAGAAGCCAACCAGUUCAUGUGGGCUUAUUACAUACACCCUGUAUAUUCGGAGACUGGUGACUUCCCUCCUAUUAUGAAAGAGAAGGUGGCUGCUAAGAGCGCGGCUCAGGGCUUCGCUCGCUCCAGACUGGUAGAACUGAGCCCAGAAGAGGUUGAGUAUAUCCGAGGCACUUCCGAUAUCUUUGGACUGAACCAUUACGUCAGCUUCUUAGUUUACAGGAAUGAAUCUGUGUAUGGCAGCUAUGAUAUUCCUUCGUUUAGUGACGAUUUGGAAGUUGGUUUAUAUCAGAAAAACGAGUGGCUCAUUGGAGAAUCAGACUUUACAAAGGUGGUACCCUGGGGUUUUUACAAUCUGCUAACUAAAAUAAGAGAAGACUACAAUAACCCAACGAUAUUUAUAACCGAGAAUGGGUUUGCUAGUCGAGGCGGGCUAAACGACGACGAUCGCAUAACUUACUAUAGAUUAUACUUGGACGCAAUGUUGGACGCUAUAGCGGAAGGAUCAGACAUUAGGGCCUACACCACGUGGAGUUUAAUGGAUAAUUACGAAUGGAUGUACGGAUACACGGAACGAUUCGGUUUGUACGAAAUUAACUACAAUGACCCAGAGCGUCCGCGCACUCCGCGCAAGUCCGCCUUCAUGUACAAAGAGAUACUGCGCUCGCGCACCCUGGAUUUCAACUUUGUACCGGAGAUCACAACAAUGACAAUUGACGACGGCCACUGAUUCCUUUGAAAUUGUAAUUUAGUCACAAUGGUGCCGUCGAUAUUAGAAUAAAAAAUACUAUUAAAUAUUU